AUGGUCUCUCCUUAUGGUUUUAUGCUUUUUGAUUGUAAGGCUUUGUUUGAUGAACUUGAGUCUGUUUCUUUGUGUCUUGUUAAACGUUCAACAAAUCAUGUGGCUCUCGCAUUAGCGCGAGCUUUUGGUUUGGAAGUUGAGUAUGUAUUCGGUUGGAAUUCGCUUCCUUCUGCCCAAAAUAAGGUAGUAUGGAAUAACAAGCACCCCACUGUCACUAAUGUUCUUGCAUCUGCCCAAACAGCUUUUGAUCAUUGGAUUAAAGCUCAGGAUAAAACUUCAUUGUCAUCGUUAUGUUUGAAUAGCAUCGAUGAUGACUCUGAGACUUGGGCUAAACUUGGUGAAAAUACAAUCAAGAUUAAUGUGGAUGCAGCGCUUUUUUAUAGUGAGAACAAGUAUGGCUUUGGUCUUGUUGCCCAUUAUCAUAUUAGUAAUCUAAUCGCAUCCUGCGCUGGUAGUUUUGGUGGCCUUUAUGCACCUGAAGUCAUUGAGAUAAUGGGAAUUGAGGAGGCCAUCAGCUGGGUCCAGGCUAAUAAUUGGCAAUUUGUUGAGAUUGAGACAGACAGCCUUGUUUCUGUACAAGCCAUUCAAAGCACUCACUCCAUGAGAUCCACAUUUGGCCUUCUUAUCAAGGACUGCCAAAUACUUUUAUUUGCCCUUUCUAAUGUCAAGUUAUCUUGGAUAAAACGAUCAGCAAAUCGAGUAGCACAUCAUGUUGCUAGACAUUCUCGAUUUUACCCUGGUUGUAGCGUUUCUAAGUUUUCCAUUACUGUUGAAUUCCAACAUCUUUUGCACUCAAAAUGCUAG